AUGGAAACUGAACGCUCGAACGCUGGACGUCUCGCUGCUGCUCGUCGGCCCAUGAUCCAGUCUCAUGUGGCCAGUCUACAGCGAAAUAUGGCACCAAGAAAGGUCCAAUACUCCUCCGGCACGACAGAAUACACGGUACAAGGAAACGUGAACGGAGUUAAUGUGGCAGCUCUACCAGACACUGGUUCGGAUGAGUGCAUGAUUUCUUCCAGCCUCGCAUCCAAGCUGGGCCACCAACCGAACCCUGGGACCGAGAGAAUGAUCACGCUUGCGAACAAGAAAAGGAUUCAUUCACCGGGAAUGGUGGAAGUCAUCUGGAAGUUUGGUCAAGAGUCGAUACCACACAAGUUGAAGUGUUGGAUGUUGCCCACCUGCUCCAAUGAUCUCAUCCUAGGGAGCCGGUUCUUGGAGACAACGAAGACCCUCACGUCAUUCUUGCAUCGAGUACAGAAACGUCUCAUACCGAGAAGACUACGGCUGAGACUACUCGGUCAAGUGAAGAAACGCUUGAUGGGCAUCCUCAACGGUCGCAAUACGACAGCCCUUGCGGACACAGGCUCUGAUCUGAUGCUGGUUUCCGCAGAGUACGCUCGACUCUAUGGCUUAUUCGUAUCUUCCGGGAGAGAAGAUCGGGUCGAGGUGGAGCUUGCAGACGGCACGAGAACCUGGACGAGCGGCAUCGUUCGCGAUGCGACGUGGACAUUGGGAGAUCUGACAGUUCAGUGUGACUUCCACGUUCUGGAGGAUCUGUCUGUGGACGUUAUAUUGAGCAAGGACUACAUCUUCGAGUUGGAGGUAUUCUCGAAACACGGAGAGUUGUUCUUCGAUAUGGACUUGAUGGAAGAACUUUCUCUCCUUUGUGGUGUGCGUCUGGUAGACGAGGAGGCUUACGAUCUGGACGCACUGGAGGGAGAAUUCAUGCGAGAUGUUACUUCGGAAGACGCCUUCAGUUUUGAGAAGAUUCGGCGGGAACGACUCGUCAAGUUCUGGGUUAGCCUCGUCAAGCAACGCCAAGCCGACGAAAGCUGA